CGUUAUUUAAUUUGGUUGGUGCAGGGAUUGGACACUGUUCUAGAAAGUCUACCUCGUUCUUCUUUCAAGGAUUGCCUUUCAAAGUGAUUGCCCAAAAAUUGAUUAAUUUUUUUUUUUAAGUAAAUAAAGCGAGGAGGGACGGAGUGAAAGAGAAGACGCGUUGGGAGAUAAAAAUUGAAAAAGACCUUCUGAAAGCCACUCCGUAGGGUUUGAUUGGCGGGAUGCUGGCUGCGUUUGAUUGGCUGCCCACACGGGUGAGGGUUUGGCUCCCACGUGUGUCGGCAGGUUUGUUUUUUUAUUGCUAGUUUCUCCUUUCUUCGGUGUGGGCUUGGGCUAAUAUGCUGGAGCGAAUAGAAAGCCCAGGUACCCAGUUAAAUUUAUUUAUUUUCGAUGGCCCAAUCUUAUUGUCCUAUGACUUGGCUAGAAUGGUCUCGGUAGGAAAUAUUAGAAACCAUGGACUGGCCCAGCAUAUCAUGUCAUCUCCAUUUUGGUUUUAGGAUAUGGAUUCUGUAGAUCCGUCCACGACUCCGUUCCCUCUGUUAACUCCCACCAUUUGCCCAUUACUAUACAGCUAUGAAUCAAAGAUUGUGAAUUCCUAUUGGAGAAUAUGCCCGGAAAAAUCAAUGAUAUAGUAUAUAUAGUUUCACGAUUGUGGUUCAAUCAUUUCCUAUCAUUAAAAUUGUUCUUCAAUGUAGAUUCAAACUUUGAUAUUUCCAAUCCAACCAACUAGUCCAUGAAUUGAAGCAAUGGGCUGAAGUAGUCUAAGCCCAACUGUAUCACUACUCCUCCCUCGCCAUUUGAUCUCUGGUUCGGCCCCGUUCUUCCUUCUCUCAAGUCCCUCCCACAUCUAAAAGGCUAAAUCGCGACUUGCAAUAAACUAACCGCGCUUUCUCCGUUAUACAUUAUACAGCAUUUAAAGAAUCCACCUUAGACUGUCCUUCACAACCGUCAGGAAAAGAUGGAUGCAGUUGGGAGUAGAUGAGCGGCUAAAACCAAAUGAUCAUUGAUCACAACAACACGCCUUGUCUCCCCUGCCUAUUUCUCUCUUCGUCGUCUUCUCCCUCUUCACCACAUCAUUGGCUUUCAAUUUUCAUCGCCCGCCGCCAGCGUUUUAUUUGGCAUUGCUGUUCGUUUUGGUAUCCCAAAAUUGUUUACUCGUUGCCCCUCUCCCCGACCCACGCUGACGGGUUCUCCAAUGUUGUCCUGUAGCUACCCAAUUCACAACACCAACCCACCAAAUUCUUUUCCUCCUAGUUAACUCCUACGUUAUUUGUCCGCUGCUGAUAUCCCCGAAGAUUUCCCCCCUUCAUUUAUACCAUUUUCCUCGCGUUCCACCCACAAGAAGCAAGAAGAGAGCCAGCGGACGAGCUUUAGCUUAAGCACCAGUAAGUAGUAAACACCCCCCCCCCCCCCCCCCCCCCCCCCCAAAAUGGCGAGCAUCGCUUCUGGUUCUUGCUCUUCCGCCGUCGCGUUCCAGAGCAGGGAAAUCGGUGGAGCAUCUUCCUUGGCCCAAUUCAAUGGCCUCCGCGCCAUUGACUCUGUUCAAUUGGCCCCUUCUCUCACUAGCCCUCCUGCAUUCCUGUCUUCUUCAGCUCGCAAGUCGAGGGGGACUGUGAGGGCAAUGGCGUCGCAGGCGGUUUCGGCCCCGAAAAGGGAGAAAGAUCCGAAGAAGAGAGUGGUGAUAACGGGGAUGGGGUUGGUCUCUGUUUUCGGCAACGACGUCGACACAUUCUACAACAAGCUUCUUGAAGGGCAGAGUGGCAUCACCCUGAUUGACAGGUUCGAUGCCUCCGAUUUCUCCGUCAGAUUCGCCGGCCAGAUCCGCGAUUUCUCGUCCGCGGGGUACAUCGACGGCAAGAACGACCGCCGCCUCGACGAUUGCUGGCGGUAUUGCCUCGUCGCCGGCAAGCGCGCACUCGAGGAUGCCAGCCUCGGUUCCCAAGUCCUCGAAACUAUGGACAGGACGAAGAUAGGGGUAUUGGUGGGAACAGGGAUGGGAGGACUAACGGCGUUUAGCGCCGGAGUGGAAUCCCUAAUCCAAAAGGGUCACAAGAAAAUCUCGCCGUUCUUCAUCCCUUACUCCAUCACCAACAUGGGCUCGGCCCUACUAGCCAUCGACACGGGCCUCAUGGGCCCAAACUACUCCAUCUCCACGGCCUGCGCAACCGCCAACUACUGCUUCUACGCCGCCGCCAACCACAUCCGGAGAGGCGAGGCCGACAUCAUGGUCGCCGGAGGCACCGAGGCCGCCGUCAUGCCCACCGGCGUCGGCGGGUUCAUCGCCUGCAGGGCGCUGUCGCACAGGAACGACGAGCCACAUCGGGCUUCUAGGCCGUGGGACCAGGGCCGUGAUGGAUUUGUCAUGGGCGAGGGCGCUGGUGUUUUGGUGAUGGAGAGCUUGGAGCAUGCGAUGAAGAGGGGAGCCAACAUAAUUGCAGAGUACUUGGGUGGUGCUGUGACCUGUGAUGCUCAUCAUAUGACUGAUCCUAGGAAAGAUGGGCUUGGAGUUUCUUCUUGUAUCAGCAAGAGCUUGGAAGAUGCUGGUGUUUCCCCUGAAGAGGUGAACUAUGUGAAUGCUCAUGCAACGUCGACAUUGGCAGGGGAUUUGGCAGAGGUGAAUGCGAUCAAGAAGGUGUUUAAGGACACGUCCGAGAUUAAGAUGAAUGGAACUAAGUCGAUGAUCGGACAUGGGCUUGGAGCUGCGGGGGGCUUGGAAGCAAUUGCAACCAUCAAAGCAAUCACAACUGGAUGGGUGCACCCAACCAUCAACCAGGAAAACCUGGAGCCUGCUGUUACAAUCGACACAGUCCCAAAUGUGAAGAAACAACAUCAAGUGAAUGUUGGUAUCUCGAAUUCAUUUGGGUUUGGUGGGCACAAUUCUGUGGUGGUGUUUGCACCAUUCAAUCCCUAAUAAUUAUACAGACAAACAAGCAGAGAAAGACUCUCUCAGGAGGAAACAGAGAUGACAGCACCAGCGCAUUGGUUGUUUUUCUUCUUUUGACACCCUUUUUUUUACUCAAGGACCUUAUACAAUUUUUUUUACCUGCCAUCAUUUUCGGUUAGCAUUGAAGAUUAAGAUUUAUGCCCCACUUGUUUCUCAGUUUUACCUUAGCCGAUAACCACAAGCAAUAUGGUUACUGCUUUCAAUGCAUUUGGAGCAAUAAAUCAAUAAAACUUUUGUGGCCAUGUGUUCUUCGGAUUUUUUAACAAUCGGUAAUCUCAACGCGUGAACUAGAUGCAAUAGAUGUUAUUAUCCCUUGUAUUACUAUCAGAUUUGCCGGACAAUAAUGUCAUGUCUCCUCUGUUAUUGAUAUUCAGCUUAAGAACUGAGCUACCUUUACUUAUUAUAUUACUACAAUCAGGCAACAUGGGGAAGAUUGUGUAAUCCAACAAAUCAAUGAUAACAGUAACUAGCUCGCAGUAUAAGAAAUGCUUUCUACGAAAUCCAAACCAACUGAAAUAGUUGCAAACUACUGUACUGACACUUUUUAUUCUCCACUGGAGCUUUGCGUGGGUUGGGCUCUGGCCGAAUGGGGUACUCCUUCAAGGCCCAGCACAGGUGGACCUCCUUUCAUAUUGCCAGAGGCCUGACUUUCUAAAUAUAUCCUGUCGGCCCAUCAGCUCUUCCAACGGAUCAUAGCCCUAAUUCUACUUUAUUGAGUAUGAUUGAUCCUGAAACUGAAGUGAGAUGAAAUUGUUGAUCAGAUCCAAGAAGUGGCAAAUUUUGACUGCUUAUGAUUUGCAUCAUUUGAUUUGUUUUUACUCAUAAUAUGUAUGAUUUUACUUCUCACGAGUCAUCAUCAUAAACUACGACUCCCAUUGGACAAGAGGUUAUUCUCGACUAAUGAUAUAUAGAAUAAGUUCUUCAUCUUUUAAUUUUUCUUAAUUUAGUGCUUAGAGAUUGUAAUUGACUAAUUGCUCCCUUUUUCCCCUAUUUCACUUUGUACCAAACUUGUGGGAUAUCCUUCAAUUGCAUUUUGAUACUUUGAAAUUUGCCUUUUUAGUUUCUAUUAACGGAAAAAAGAAUCCUCCAAAUUAACAAAAGAUGGGGGAAAGCAGAUGAGAUGAAUCAAUUUAAAGUGGGAUA